AGUUCUUUCCCCCUCCCACUCCACCUCGGGGGUCUUUUUUACCCAGCUUCCAAGCUCUCUCCCACUUUUUCCGCUGCCCCCUUCCCCAAGUGCAGCUCGUACCUCGGCAAGCUCCUCGUCGGACACGCAGACACACCCCACCAAGCCUGCUGACACACACACACCACGCACUCGCUUCCUCCCGAACCGAACACACGGGCAGGCCCAGUUCUUCCCCGCAUGCUUCCUUGACGGACUAGGAAAGGCUCGUCGGCGACUUCUUUUUCUCGUACUUUUCCGGGACGCCAAGCCCCCAGGUCUUCGUCUCUUUUUACCCCCCUUCCCUUCCUUCCUUCUAGAGCCAGACGUCUCGAUUCUUGCCUUUGCGCCGCGCAGGACCGUCCCCCUAAGGAUCACAAACCACAAACAAUCGGGAGCCAUGAAGCUGGGCUGGGUGCUUUUGGGGAUCGUGCUCUCCUUCGGGGGGCUAGCCUGGGGGGAGAAGGGUCUCGACUUCCCCGAGUACGAUGGCAAGGACCGCGUCCACGACCUCAACGCCAAGAACUACAAGGCGGUGAUGAAGAAGUACGACGUGAUGGUCAUCUACUACCACGAGCACGUGGAGGACGACCGGGUAUCUCAGAAACAGUUCCAAAUGGAAGAGCUGAUCUUGGAGCUGCUAACCAACCCCGCGGCCCUGACGUACCAGCUUGCAGCUCAGGUCCUUGAUGACUUAGAAGAUGAGGACAUUGGGUUUGGCCUGUUGGAUGAGGAGAAGGAUGCUGCCGUUGCCAAGAAACUGGGUCUGGAUGAGGAAGACAGCAUUUACAUCUUUACAGAGGACGAGGUCAUCGAGUACGACGGAGAGCUGGCCGCAGACACGUUGGUGGAGUUCAUCUUUGACGUGAUUGAAGACCCAGUGGAGGUCAUCGAGGGAGACCACGAGCUGAAGGCAUUUGAGAACAUUGAGGAAGAGAUCAAACUGGUGGGCUUCUUCAAGAAUGAGAAGUCUGAACACUACAAGGAAUAUGAAGACGCAGCUGAAGAAUUCCAUCCCUACAUCAACUUCUUUGUCACUUUUGAUCCUAAGAUUGCAAAGAAACUGGACCUGAAACUGAAUGAGGUAGACUUCUACGAGCCUUUCAUGGAUGAACCCAUUGUCAUCCCUGGAAAGCCCUACACAGAGGACGAGAUUGUUGACUUUAUUGAAGACCACGAGAGACCAACACUGAGGAAACUUGAGCCAUACAAUAUGUAUGAAACCUGGGAAGACGAUAUUGAUGGCAAACAUAUUGUGGCUUUUGCAGAAGAGUCUGACCCAGAUGGCUUUGAGUUCCUGGAAAUCCUGAAGGAAGUUGCAGAGGACAACACAGACAACCCUGACCUCAGCAUUAUCUGGAUUGACCCUGAUGACUUCCCCCUGCUUGUUCCCUACUGGGAGAAGACUUUUGAUAUUGACCUGUCCUAUCCUCAGAUCGGGGUUGUCGAUGUUGAAGAUGCGGACAGCGAAUGGCUGGAAAUGGAUGAUGAAGAUGACAUGCCCACAGCAGACGAGCUGGAGGACUGGAUUGAAGAUGUGCUGGAAGGGGAUAUCACCCCUGAUGAUGACGACGAUGAUGAUGAUGAUGAUGACGAUGAUGAUGACGAUGAUGAUGAUGACGACGACGAUGAUGAUGAUGAUGAUGACGAUGAUGACGACGAUGAUGAUGACGACGAUGAUGAUGAUGACGAUGACGAUGAUGAUGAUGACGACGAUGAUGACGACGAUGAUGACGACGACGAUGAUGAUGAUGAUGACGAUGAUGACGACGACGACUAAACUCUCAUUGCCAUCUUCUAAGUUUCACAACUUCUACCAAAACUGUUUGAAAGUCAUUACAUAUAUCAGAGUCAAUAUUGUCAACAACCCAAAACUUAACUUUCUUCCAUCGUCAUCACUUAACUUAAAGCCACCACCUGCUACCCUAAUGUCAUCGUCUGCUCUCUAGUUCUGUCAUUUCUUCACGUUCAACAUCUUCAGCUGUCUGGCUAAACAAACACUACCCUUUCAAAAGUCAUCAGAAUCUUAAGUCUGUCUGUCAUCUGAAAGACUGAUCAUUGUCUUCUUCUUUAGACCCCUUCUGUCAUGACUAGGGAGCUUUCAAACUGUCCAACUGUUAAUACGUCUGUCUUUAAAGUUAGUCUAGUUUCUAUUAAGAAAAGAUUCACAACCCAAAUUCCUCGACAGAAAACAUAUACCUGUAUUCAUGAGUUGACAUUAGAACCCAAAGUCCAAUCCUAAAGACAGUUAAGAAAAAAAAUCUUGAGUCUUCCUAUUUUACACUGCAGACCUCUGUUUUGUAGCAACAUUUUUUAUAUGCUGAAUGAUUAUAUUUUGAAAAAACAAAACCGAGAUUGGCAGAUAUCCCAGAGUACCACAACAGAGUUUGGACAUUUUGAUUGAGGUGCACAGAAGGACACUGAAAUUCUUCCCAUCCAGUGGGAGACUUGCAAUGUCCUGUAGAGCAAAAACAGGGAUCUGGGGUCUUUCAGGCGUAUCCAUGAUGGUGAAAUCAGGCAGUAGGCAUCUAAACCACUCCUCAAAAAUGAUUUUUGCUUCAGGAAAUAAAUGAAUACUAAUAGUUUGUGCAGGGGCAAUAGGUGUUCUUUUCCUCAUGCUGGAAUCUGACUUGGGGGGGGGGGGGUUCUUGUCCUGUUCAAUCUCAAAACGUCUCAAAUGUGAUCUCUACGAGUCUCUCUAAGAGUGUGGGUCAGAUAUUUCUCCCUGUCUCCUGUGACACCAUCCACCACAUCACUGUGACCUUCCUUGACAGAGAGCAAGGAUCUCGUCCCGUAUUUUGUGAAGUAAACUUGAGUACUGCAACCAAAUGUUUUCUACUGGUAAAGAAAAAAAAAAGAAAUGAUCUUAUUAUAAAUAUUGUUUUUUAAUGGAGCAAACAGGAUCUCACUGUAAAGUCUUAAAAAACCACACAGCUUGGAAAGAAAUGAAAUAAAGAAUUGUUUUGGA